UGCUUCCCCCCCCCCCCCCCCAUUUCUUCGGGGACUGUUGAUAAGUAGGUUGGGAGCUUCGUUUACUCAUUUGUAGAUUUUCUUAGGCCUUUAGUUUACAGUGUUAGGCCAGGUAAACCCUUCGCUGCCGCAGGUAGUGGGCCGGGUGUAGCUGCUUCCUUCAUCUUUUCUCUCCGACACACACCUCCUCGAAUCCUGGGCCAACCUGGCGGCUCCUCCCAAAGCUCCUCUCUCCUGCCCCUUGCGGGAGUUUCUUUCUCACGGUCUAGCAAGCGUCUCCCUCUGGUGGCUUUCCUAUCGUUUCAACGAGUCUUUUGCGUGCAUGUCGUUCUGAAACGGCUCCAGAAGUCGAACAGUGAAGUGGCUCUUUUAUAGGUGCACGUAUUGUCUUCUUAGCAAAAUUGCCAAUGGCCUUCCUAGAGUUGCCCCUCAGUGCCCAAGAACCAUCCGAGCACGUUUCUCACACACAUGCUUAAGUAGACCCGGAAGCUGAGAGAAGCUGGUGCCACCGAGCGGGGAGGUGCAAGCUUGCGGAACCCUAGUCAAGGAGGUCGGCGCUGCGAAGGGAACUAGUCCAGCGCAGGACGGGAGGAGGCUUUUGCAGCCCAGCUGGUUCCGGUUGGGGAAGAUGGCGGUGGCUGGGCCGGCUUACCGGGAGCCGCUAGUACACUGGUGCACACAGCAGUUGCGAAAAACUUUCGCCCUGGAUGUCAGCGAGGAGAUAAUACAAUAUGUUUUGUCAAUUGAAAGUGCUGAAGAAAUACGAGAAUAUAUGACAGACCUUCUCCAGGGAAAUGAGGGCAAAAAGGGUCAAUUCAUAGAAGAUCUUAUAACCAAAUGGCAAAAGAAUGAUCAAGAGUUCAUUUCUGAUUCUUUUCAACAGUGCUCGAAAAAAGAUGAAGUUUUAGAUGGACAGAGAUCAGUGGACCAGCUAAAGCGGAGUAGGAGGAAAGGAAGAAACAAACAGGAAGUUCCUGUGUUUCCUGAACCUGACACAGCUAUGGAGGUCAAAACACCUUUAGAUUUGGCCAAGGCACAAGAAAGCAACAGCUCCAUAAAGAAGAAGACAAGAUUUGUCAAUUUAUAUACAAGAGAAGGACAGGACAAACUUGCAGUCCUGCUUCCUGGUCGGCACCCGUGUGAUUGCCUGGGCCAGAAGCACAAACUCAUCAAUAACUGUCUGGUCUGUGGGCGGAUCGUCUGUGAGCAGGAGGGUUCAGGCCCCUGCUUGUUCUGUGGCUCGUUGGUAUGUACUAAUGAAGAACAGGACAUUUUACAGCGGGACUCAAACAAAAGCCAGAAACUGCUGAAGAAGCUCAUGUCAGGGGCAGAGAAUUCUGGAAAGGUGGAUGUCUCUACCAAGGACCUACUUCCUCAUCAAGAAUCUCGAAUGAAAUCUGGUUUGGAGAAGGCUAUCAAGCACAAAGAAAAACUGUUAGAGUAUGACAGAACUAGUAUCCGAAGGACCCAAGUCAUUGACGAUGAAUCGGACUACUUUGCCAGUGAUUCUAACCAGUGGCUGUCCAAAGUUGAGCGAGAAAUGCUGCAGAAACGAGAGGAUGAGCUGAGAGAACUUCGCCAUGCCUCCCGACUUUCUAAGAAAGUCACCAUUGACUUUGCAGGGCGGAAGAUCCUGGAAGAUGAAAACCCACUAGCCGAGUAUCACAGCAGACUUGAUGAGACAAUACAAGCCAUUGCCAAUGGAACUUUGAACCAGUCACUGGUCACAUUGGAUAGAUCUUCUGAAGAGCCUUUGGGAGUUCUGGUAAACCCUAACAUGUACCAGGCUCCUCCUCAGUGGGUCGACAACACUGGCUCAGCCCCACAGAAGAAAACUUUACUCUCAGCAGGACCAAGACUAGAACUCAGUUUACAUCAGCACCAGCUGCGAAUCCAGGACCAAGAAUUUCAGGAAGGCUUUGAUGGUGGCUGGUGCCUGUCUAUGCAUCAGCCCUGGGCUUCUCUGCUUGUCAGGGGGAUUAAGAGGGUGGAGGGCAGAUCCUGGUAUACUCCUCACAGAGGAAGACUUUGGAUAGCAGCCACCGGCAAAAGACCUUCUCCUCAAGAAGUCUCAGAGCUCCAGGCCACCUACCGUCUUCUUCGUGGGAAAGAUGUGGAAUUUCCAAAUGACUAUCCAUCAGGAUGUCUUCUGGGCUGUGUGGACCUUAUUGAUUGCUUGUCCCAGAAACAAUUUCAGGAGCAGUUCCCGGACAUCAGUCAAGAGUCUGACUCUUCAUUUGUUUUCAUCUGCAAAAAUCCCCAGGAAAUGGUUGUGAAGUUCCCCAUUAAAGGAAAUCCUAAAAUUUGGAAACUGGAUUCCAAGAUCCAUCAAGGAGCAAAGAAGGGGUUAAUGAAGCAGAAUAAAGCUGUCUGACCCAGGAAAAAAGGAACUAUACAACAUAGUGGAGUCUUGUGUCCUAAAUUGCUAUCCGCUGGUCCUUUGGGAUUGAAGCAGUAGAAAGUGAAAAGGCUUGGCACCAGGCUUCAAUCUCUGAGAAUUUAAACUCUUACCAAACUUGUAUAUUUUUCUUAAAGGGUGGGAUUCUUUAUGAAGUGGGUUACAAAUCUUUGAAUAUAUUAUUUAUAAAAAAAUCACUUUAAAAAUUCUA